CCUACAGCAAACUCCAAAUAUAUUUGAAAUUUUUUUAACACCAUCGAAAACAAGCGGCAGUUAAGGUCAAUAUCAAAUUGUUAAAAUCAUCUUUUUAGAGUGUGUUGCACCCGGGGAAGAUAUCAUCGUUUUCAAAUAUCAAUUUUAAAAGGUUUAGCUAACUCGCACUUUGUCAAAAACUGUUGCGUCUGUUCCAAGAUUAAAACAGCCCCUAGAAGUUAGCCAAAAAUGUCGACUUUAAAGAAAAAGAAGAAAAAUGUCGUCAGGGACGUAUCGCAGACUCCACAACAUUCUUCCUGCGACAAUGACAGCAAGAAGUCUUACAGACAAGAACCUCCUUCGUGGAGCAACAUCCCCGCCAUUGCGUUAAGGAAAAUCUACCAGAGCUUGGACGAUGAAGACAGGGCUUCAAUGGCUAGGGUAAUGAAUAGUCUAAUUUAAUAUAGCAAUGUGGGUGGACGUUCUAUAAUAUUUUGGGUUGGGUGGGAGAUAUGAGUUACUGUGUUAUCGAUACAACAAAUGAAAUGAUGGGUACAAUCGCUAGUAAUGUGGAUAGCUGUAUAAGGUUGACUUGAUGAGAGGAUUGGCCGAAGAGUCAAUGAGGGGGUGAAUGAAUGAUUGAAAUAAAGGAUGAGUGUAUCGCGCCAUCGACCAUCACUCUUACAUGGCUGUGCAACUAAAUUGAAACCUUUAUUUCCUUGAUGAGGUUUUAAAAUUUCCGGUCCUAUGGUUGUCACGACCAAGAACUGUGGAGAUCAAGAGCCAUUGAGUUUGGUCGCAAACCUGUCCACAAACUUAUUUGUAAGGUUUUGGGACUUGUGUAUACAGGAUGAUAAUUUGUUAAAAAGCCAUCUAUCUACAUAUAUAAUUCGCCAGAAACUAGGGCACAAGAAGACGACCACCAUCACGCAGGCUAUAUAUAGAUACGACAGAGCAAGCAAGACGACGCAGGCAAACCCUCCCCGCCCUUCCCUUGCCUGCCUGUUGGUCUCCAGACAUGCUACCGCCACCCUCUCCUGAACCACCAUCACUUGCCAGCCAAGCUCGCGGCGUGUCAUGAAAAAAAAGGGGGGGGGGAUGAAGGAGUGUAGCAAAAUAGGCAUUUUUAAAUGUGCGUUACUUGAGUUCAAGUUUUUGUCAAGUAACUUUAGUAGAUGGGGAGUUCACGCUGCCAGUGUUUGGCGGGCUAUAUCUAUUUCUAAAUAUCGUGGGUAAAAUCGAAAGGAAGAGAGGACAAGUUACGAUGCAAUUAGUUACAGAAAAAAAAAAAGUUAUUCAGAUGGGUAAUGUACAAACAGACACAAUAGUAAAAACCGAGGACAUACAGGCAGAUAAAAUAAAAAAAAAGUUUCCUGGAUAUAGCAAGUCAUUUUGAUUGAGCACAGUUAUAUGAUGGUAAACGGUGGGAUGCCACAGGUGUUCACGAUGACACAAGGCCCUCACCAGCAUGUCAGAUCCGUUGUUGAAAUAAAAUAAAAAAAUAGCUAUAACAAAAAUUCGAAUUUUUUGUGUGUGGAAUAAUCAAUGCCUUACUGGGCUCUUCCUAAAUAGGCUUGAACACCGACGGUGCUGCACAAUUCCCCCCCCCCCCCCUUUUUUUUUUUUUUUUUAAAAAUAAAAAAAUAGCUAAAAAAAAAAUUUGCAUUUUUUUUGUGUGGAAUAAUCAAUGCCUUACUGGGGUCUUCCUAAAUAGGCUUUAACACCGAAGGGGCUGCAAAAUUCCCCCCCCCCCCCUUUUUUUUUGUUUUUUCCCACAUAAACAUUUGCAAACUUGUUAACCUUGAGUCCUAAAUAUAAAAUUCGGAAAUUCAGGAUGUCAAGCCAGCCAACAUGAAUACAUGCAAACGUUUGGCCGAGCCAAGGAGACGAAGCCUUUUGCUGAUGUGUCAGUCGGCAUCAUAGUAUUGACAGUGUGAGAUCGGCACCUAGCAGACUAUGAACUAGUAAUAGGGGUCGACCAGUCGACGGAUGAUUGGAUGAGUGAGAUUUCGGAUGUGUGAAACAAAUUCAUCAUGGGUGCAAAGAUGAGUGAAUGUAUGGACACACCAUCAGAUACAGGGAUAUGGGGCUGGGUGGAUAUUUAUUGUGUUACUAUAUUCUGGGGAAUUAAAGUUUUCAAGAGUACAUCUCACCGAACUAUCAUUUUAGGGUUUAUGAAGUUCUGUAGUCUAUCGUCUUUAAUAACGGUGGUUCUAGAAAAACGUUCAACUGUUACAUAACGUUUCUUUUUGGUUACUGUUUUUUUGCCAAUGAUGUGAAGGUGUCAUUACACAAAUGCCAAAUACUCAGUGAUACAAAAAAAUAACGUCCUACCAACAAUAAAUAUCAUUCUACUUUCAAAUCCUUUAUUCUAUUCUCCCGUGUACCAACCUAUACGCAUUCUUCAUACUCUCUCUGUAACCCCAAAACAUGUUUCUAUUAUUUCUAUCCUUAUGCUUUAGAUCACCAAUCUUACUGGGUUACGCCACAUAAAUGAACUCUUUGUUUUUUUCCUUGCUAAGGUGAACAAAUCGUGGUAUGAAGGCUACCGGGACCCAGCUCUGUGGAGGGUGAGGAUAAUUGCGUUCAACGAACAGAGAGAGGAAGAAGACAUUGACGCGGGGUCUUCGAAGUCUGAAGCAGAACGUCCAUUGGCUAACGGUCCAGUAACAAGCUAUUAUAUACUGUUACAAAUACAAAUACUGCCACGACAAGCAUGCUAGUACAACUAAUAUAUAUGCUAUUAUAAAAAAUAACUUGCAGGUUAUUACCGUAACAUAUAACGCAAUGGUACACCUGCGAGCAUUGUCAUUGACCAUGGAGUUUGGCCGCUGGUGUUAGAAGGGAGCAUUUUUUUUUAAAAGACCAAGUGAUAACUGUGUGUCGGGAAUAGUCUUGUUUGGUGUAGAUGCUCAGACCACCCCCACUCCCUCUUGAGAACGAAUUUUUGGUGGGGGCCACUUCACCUUGUCCUUUCAUGCUCUUUUUUAUUUCUCAUUUUAGAGUGCGCCAUAAGUUUCGCGAGUAGUUUAGCACCCUAUCUCCAAGAAUUGGAGAUCCACAUCAACCAGUCCUUGCGUUCUUCCACGGAUGUCAUCGGCGACUUUAUGGAAUUUGCACAUCUUUUGGACGUCGCAAAUCUUACAAAAGUGCACAUACUUUUUUACGACGAUGACAUGUUCGAAGGUCAGAGAAGUGAGAAUUUCAUUAAAGUGAUCAACAGACUUAUCAGAAAUCAGCACAACUUAAAGGUAACACACAUAGUAUUGGAACAUUAAAAAAAAAAAAAAGACUUUCUAUCAAAGACUAAUUAAAACGCGUUAAAAAGUAGAAACUAAUAUCAUUAAAGUGAUCAACAGACUUAUCAGAAAUCAGCACAACUUAAAGGUAACACACAUAGUAUUGGAACAUUAAAAAAAAAAAAAAAGACUUUCUAUCAAAGACUAAUUAAAACGCGUUAAAAAGUAGAAACUAAUUCAAUAUUUCUUAACAAACAUUCCGCAAAGACAGACUUUGCAGAAAACUAUUCAACGCUCAGUGUAGCCAAAUGUUUUACAGUCAAUGAAGACGAAUCUUAAAUAUGUUUUAUGUUCAUUAACUUUAAAAAAAAAAUAAAAAUUAAAACACUUAUUUUCUUUUUGAAAUGCCUUUUAGAAAAAUUUAAAAGUACAUAUUUUUUCGAAAAAAAAAAAAAAAAAAAAAAAAAAAAAAAAAAAAAACAAAAAAAAAAAAAAAAAAAAAAAAUUUUUAAAAAAAAAAAAAAAAAAAAAAAAAAAAAAAAAAAAAGAAAUCAACAUCGAAUGCGUACAAAAAUCACCGUUGAAGUCACUCAACUCCUUGGCAAGACAUCAAAACCUAUCAAAAGUAUUUAUGAGUUCACCCACAUUCCCGUUCACCAAGACGCUCACUAAGACGGAGUCUGGAGUCUGCUGUCACCGGUUGAUCGCCAGCGUUAACCCGCACCUGACGUCCAGCCGUUCACCGGGUGGACACUCCUCGAGAAUUUUUAUAAUGUCACGGGUGAAAAAAAUAAAAAAAAUAAAAACAUCCAAACCAGACUGACUUGCUCAGACAUGAUUGAAUUGUGAGUCGAGAGAAAGUCUUUAAAAAAUGAUGCACCAUGUAGUGCUCAAAUGUGUUGGUAAGACCCACAGCUAAACACUGACACUGAUAACCAUCGAAAAAAAAUAAUUAUGUUCAAUUUAGUUAUUUAGGUUGGUCAUUAUUUAUUUAGCAUUAAUUUUUCUCCCGGGAAUAAAUUUACUUUCCGUGCAACUGUGUUAAUAAUUUCAUUAGUUUCUAAAACAAUACAAAAUUAAAUAAAUAAAUGACACUAUUGUUUUAAUAAAAAUGAAGUGUUUUUUUUUCAAAUCUUCAAAUCAAAGUUUCAUUGACGCCAGUUUCAAAAUAGUUUUCAAAUCGAUUAAUUGUGAUUGGAUUCUAACUAAUUGUUUCAUUACAUUUUGUUUUUUUAUUUCCUUUUUUAAAUUUUUUUCUUGUUAUAACAUUGUUAUUGAUUUUUAGUUUGUGGAUACUUAAUGCCCAUUACCUACCAUGUUCUAUGACAUAACUUUGAUUAAAUCUUAUUUUUUUUUUUUAGAGAUUUGACAUAGAUUUGGCGUUUUUUGAACCGGAACAUGGAAUAAAACUUCUAAAAUGUUUAGCUGAAGCCUCUGGAAGGACGCUAGAAACAUUGUUUUUAAACAAUGUAUUCGUGGAUACUGUUGACAUUUACCGGGAAUAUCGAAUCGUCACGGAACUGAAGGUGAUUUUCACGACAAUUUAAUACUAAUAUUCACAUGUCAUAUUAAUGUUUGUAUAUAUCAUUUGCAGAUAACAAAUUAUAAGGCGCUUUGAUUCUCAAAUAGUUUAAGCGUGAUGCCCUGCAAAGCUUUUCCCUCUUGGCUAAUAUAUUGAUAUUGGUUUCAAAAUUUUUUUUUUUAAAUUAUCUCACAUUUCUUCUUACUCGGAAACAAUUCUACUUUGAUUAAAACAAUUUCAGAAAUUUACUAAUCUGCAUGAGAUUCACAUCGACUACGCGCUGGUUGCAGACGAACUGAUACAACUGUGGUCCAGGGAAUGUCCAACACUUGAGUACAUUAAGCUUUGGGCUAUACCUCAAAGUAGGAACUUUUUUUUCUUUGUGUGUGUGUGUUUUUUUUUUCUUUCUUAAUAUUGUAAUCUUGCAUAAUUGAAAACCUUUCGUUUAAAAAUUAGCGGUAUAUUUUAACAGUCUUGUGCUUUCACGGACACAAAUGAUUUUUUUCUUCUUUAGUUGCAAUGAUUGUGUCACAAAUGACCAGGGAGGAAAAUAUGAGCGAACGGUGUCGAUAGAGCUGUAGCCAUUCAAACGUUAAUGGGGACGAUGUUUUGGGGACAAGUCGAAGUAGUCUGAGUCGAUUGAGAAAGAUGAGACAGUUGGGUGGAAGUUGGAUAUAUUGAAAGCAUAGUUGUAGAGAGUUGAAGUAGAUUAUAUUAACAUGAUAGUUGUAGAGAUUUGAAGUAGGAUAUAUUAACAGUAUAGUUGUAGAGAGUUGAAGUAGAUUAUAUUAACAUGAUAGUUGUAGAGAGUUGAAGUAGGAUAUAUUAAACAUCGUAGUUGUAGAGAGUUGAAGUAGGAUAUAUUUACAGUAUAGUUGUAGAGAGUUGAAGUAGGAUAUAUUUACAGUAUAGUUGUAGAGAGUUGAAGUAGGAUAUAUUUACAGUAUAGUUGUAGAGAGUUGAAGUAGGAUCUAUUAACAUCAUAGUUGUAGAGAGUUGAAGUAGGAUAUAUUGAUAUUUAAGGUGUUACAGAAUUUUAGUGGGAUAUGGUGACAGUAUAGUUGUGGAGAAUUGUAGUAGGAUGUAUUGACUGUAUGCUGUAGAGAGACACGGAGAUCAUGUGCAGCUAGCCUUGGACAAGAGAUGGAGUUAAAUAGAGUGACAGAAAACUGAGUUUUGUGAAGUAAUAUAUUUAUUUUAAAAAUGUUAUCUGCGACACGUGGUGCUGUGUGCAUUUAUUACUUCUAAGUUAUGAUUUUUGUCUGUCCCAGCGCCUUGAUAACGAUUAUUUAAAUAGCAGACACUAGCUGUGCUGCACUGUCCGUCUCAAGGCAUAUUAUACACAAUAUACAGCACGUAGAUGGGUUGUUGUAUACUGUUUUUUUUAAAUCAACCUCUGAAUACUCAAAAUUUACAUCACAGAAACGAAUUUCGCAGCACUAACCUUUACAAAAUAGUCUGUGACAAGUCAGGACAGAAGCCCUUCUCCUAAUAUCAGUUUUUUUGGCACGUUGCUACAGCAACAACCUGUUGUUUUUUAAUAAGUGACUUUUUUUUGGUUGUAAAUUAACUAUAUAAACGACUUUUUCCACAUUGCUCAUGUUUACGAAACAAUCGAGGUCUACUUUUAGUAAAUGUAGACACAACUAACACGGUAUUAUUAUAACCAACACUCUAUCAGAUAAUAUUAUUAGAAAUGAUUCGUGGAAGACUUUGGUCAAGACACACCCAGAGUUGUUGGUGGAGCUACACGCCUACGAUCAUCUUGAUACAGAGAUUACGCCUGCUAUCUUAACAUCCGCCAUGCCCGUCUACGAUUUAACAUGGGACACACUUUUUGGAUUCACAUCGGAGGUUGAGGUAAGAACAAGUCCUUGAAUGGUUUUUUUUGGGGAGGGGGCAUCUAACCAUUUGAACAUUUGUUGUACUAAAGGCGAACGGCUGCAAUGGGGAAAAAUUUAAAGAAUGCUGCACAUGUCAAGUUCAAGUAGUGAUCCAACGAUUGUGCCGAGAAAAGCAAUGGGGAAAAUCGAAGACAUCGUCAACUGGUGUGAGUUAUGAACGUUUAAAAAAAAACAAACUGAGAACGCGACGCAAAGGGAUAUUUGAAAAACAGUUGAGGGUGACAGACAAGUUUCUGUUAAAAAAAAAAGAGAAAGAGACACUAUUAUGUUAUAGCCUAGCGUAGCGUAUGUCUUAGACCUACAUUUUUUAACUUCAACACAUAGCUUUUUAAAAAAAAAAGUUCGUCACUUGUCUCCAUUAGCAUGGCCUUGAUAAUAACGUCACCAUGUUAAUGUGUAGUGUAAUAUCGUACCCAACCUUCCCUUGAUUAGAAAAAGGCUCUUUACGUUCAAAUACGCCCCAUUUGUUCUAAAGAAUGUCAUCAGUUGGCGCAAUUUCUAGAAUUUCUGUACUAACUAAUAUACAUAUUCUUGUUACGACUUGAGCGUCUCGUCAAUCUUCUGUCGUUCAGAGCCAAGAGUCGGGACUUAAGGUUUCGCAUAUGGCGAAAUGUCUGGGGUAUGUUCAAACGGUUUUAUUCGCCUCCCCCCUCCCGCUCUGCAGUUAUUUUGCAUUUUAAAGCUCUGUUCUAGUUCACUUAACCUCCUGUAAUUUCUUCACUAGCCCGUUCUAAUUAAAUCAAUAUAUACGCGACAGGUUUCUUUAGACUAUAAUAGAGGUAUAUAGAGAGACCAGGCAAGGGAGUGCGAGAAAGAAUUUUAUUUUUCUCCUAACAUGUACGAAACAUUUAAUAACUGUCUGUGUGUAAAGUGAGAUUUUUAUUUUGACGGGUCUUGCUGUUCCCUUCCUGUGCCGUAAGUUGUUGGGUUUGGCUUGUUUCUGUAUUCAACUUAGCAUUUUUGUGGACAUGUAUCUGUAUCACUAAAUACAAUGGUCUGAUUGUCACUAGCUUUGGCAGCGUUUUUCUUGGCGCAUUAUUUUUUGUUACUUUGUUGCGUAUUUUUGUAUUUAUUUUACCAGCCAAAUCUUAAAUCAGGUUAAAUCUUUAAAAAAAACCUUACGGCACGCCACAGUCGCCAACAGAAGCCUAAUGGUAAACAGUUUUUGACGGCCGCCUUCUACUAGUGAACAUUUUAAGAAGCAGUGGUGGCUUUCUCUGUUCUUUCAAACGAGACGACGUUUUUCUUCUUCUUUCUACUCAUACCGUCAAAAAGAAAUAUAGAUGAUGUUUUCUCCCCGAAGGGAACUGAUUGAUUUACAUGGAAUUACAAUACUAAAUCGCAGAUUAAUUCAGUGAUUGAAAUGAAAACCCCAACUAGGGACAACACGGUCAUUGUCAACACAGUUUAUCGGCAAUCGAAUUAUACAAUCAGAUGACAAAGUGAUUCAAUUUUAAAAUCCAAACUGAUGCAAUAUGAACACAUUCAAAGCAAGCUGUUAGAAAGUUAAAAACACAACCAGCUAAUAAUUUAAAUUUGAAUUAAUUGAUUUAGUUCGGUUGCGUUCUGGAUAUUAACCCACUUUAAAAAAAAAGAAAAAAAAAGUUAAAUCUCUUUAAAUGGUAGCAUCAAGAAUGAGCAAUGAUUUUUUUAAUGAUUGAGAUAAUAUAAUGCUAAUAUCACACACGCAUACAUACACACACACACGCGCACGUACGCACGCAUAUAUAUAUAUUUAUUUAUUUAUUUAUUAUAACACUCACGGAUGACGGAAGAAAGUUUUCAGCGGUGUUAAUUAAUCGCCACUCUCAAGAAUGCAAAGAGCUUUGACUGACCAAUGGCCUACAUAAAACAAAUGUCAAGAUGCAAGAAGCACAGUCCCCUCAAAAGAUAUUUAUUGAGGGCCAGGUGACAGUGGGAAUCGCGAAAACUGCAGCAACAAAGGCUGAAAUGAAGGGCCGCCUUUGGAAUAAUCUUAAUGGAACUGAAAGUAGAAAAAAAACAACUAAGCGUCUAUCAAGCAAGUGUGCUCAGUCCUAUGUGGCCAUGAAGUGUGGACCCCAUGUUCCAGCUAUAAGCGGAACCUCAAUAGCUUCUACCAAAGAUGUUUUUAAAUAAGACGUUUUACAUUUGCUCGUGGGAAGAGCAAUGCGUAACAUAGCACUGAAACAAGUGUACUGAGAAAACGCUUCCAAAGUACGGGGGGCGGGAUGUUGACGACCAUCAAUUAUUUUUUUAACGCUAACAAUUCCAAUAUAUGUACAAAACAAAAUAUAUAGAAAUUAGAAAAGGAAAAAAAAAUCAACUUGCAACACUUGAUAAUGUCUUGUAAUAAAAGGUGGAAAUACCAAUACUGUUACACACACAAACUAAACAUGUUUAUCCACACAAGUAAUGAAAAUGUGACAAUAGUUGUCCACAUAUAAGCACUGUAGUGAAAAGCACUCGCCACGUCUCACUCAAGUCUGACUUAAUCGCAAUUAACCAUCUAACUUUUAGUGUGUAUGUGCGGGGGUGGGUGUGGGGGAAUGGGGACAGAACUUCUAGAGAUCAAACCUUAUCUAAGAAGACAAAUUGAAUGCAAGAACCCAGCAUCUCCUUCAGAACUUUCUUAGUCACGGCUCCGUCUUUGUAACAAUUUUCAUAACCAACACGUGGCACAUAUUGGUGUGGGGGAAAGUGUAGUGGGGAAACGUUUUGGUGAAUGGAAUUGUAGCGAGGUAACUUGUUGGUAGGGGGAAAAUUUAGUGAUUCGCCACAUUUAGUUGGUGACGUCACAAAACACAAGGAAGGCGAUAGACCCUGAAGUAAUCUUAUACUUAAAGUAAUGUAUAUAUGUAUAUAUGCUAUACAUGAUUACAAAAAUUACUGUAAAACAUGUAAAUAUAUGUCUUGUUUUUUAGCUGACCAAUUUUUUUCGUCGUGUGGCAAGUUACCACAAGACAAUAGAGCGCAUUUUCUUGAUGUUUGGUGUGGAAUUUGAAAUUCCUGAAACCUUUUCAGUGCACAACAUUCUGUCCAACUGCAGCAACCUGUAAGUCAAUUUGAUUGUUAGCAUGACAUUCACAAUUAAUGCUUGUCACCGCUUAUCACGGCUUAUCAUCGCUUAUCACAUCCAAACACCUUAUCCACGGCUGCACCACCCCGAAUCCCAAAAUCAUUCCGCAUAUGAGGAUAGAAUUUCUGUGAAAUGCUAGGACGUUAUUAAAAAGUGUUAAGUAGAUUUUAAGUCCGCGCUAGAGAUCAUCACAGAGGGUGAGAGGUCAUCACAGAGGGUGAGAGGUCAUCACAGAGGGUGAGAGGUCAUCACAGAGGGUGAGAGGUCAUCACAGAGGGUGAGAGGUCAUCACAGAGGGUGAGAGGUCAUCACAGAGGAUGAUAGUAUAGGACAGACAAACUCAGCCAAUGGACUUGGAAGGGGAGGGAUUGAGAGCUAACAGCAGAGGGUGAUAGGAGGUUGAGAGCUCAUUCCAGGGGGGAUAGGAGAUUGAGAGCUCAUCACAGAGGGUGAUAUGAGGUUGAGAGCUCAUCCCAGAGGAUGAUAGUAGAUUGAGAGCUCAUCAAAGAGGGUGAUAUGAGGUUGAGAGCUCAUCCCAGAGGAUGAUAGUAGAUUGAGAGCUCAUCAAAGAGGGUGAUAUGAGGUUGAGAGCUCAUCCCAGAGGAUGAUAGGAGGUUGAGAACUCAUCCCAGAGAAUGCUAGGAGGUUGAGAGCUCAUCCCAGAGAGGGAUAGGAGGUUGAGAGGUCACCACAGAAGGUGAGAGGUCAUCACAGAGGAUGAGAGGUCAUCACAGAAGGUGAGAGGUCAUCACAGAAGGUAAGAGGUCAUCACAGAAGGUGAGAGGUCAUCACAGACGGUAAGAGGUCAUCACAGAGGAUGAGAGGUCAUCACAGAAGGUGAGAGGUCAUCACAGAAGGUGAGAGGUCAUCACAGAUGAUGAGAGGUGAGACUCAGUAAAAAUUCUUAGAAGUGGAGGAGUCCAAAGCGUCGUUACUGAAAGUGUUACCAGGAAAAAAAAACAACAAGAAUCCCCACCCCCCACCCCCACGCCCACCACGCCCCCACCCCCACGCCCCCCACCCCCACCCCCACGCCCGCCAGGGGGGUGCGGGCGGUGGGGGGUCGCCCGCCACAUCAAAUUAGAAGUAAAACAUAUAAAACAGUUUAGUAUCUUUGUUUAACAUACAUUUAGAUAUGUCGUUACCUUAAAACACAAUAACAUGCUUCGUUGGUGGUUGGGGGUGAUAUUGAUUUGGUGGAAGAGACUUGGUUGGGUCGGAAAAGUUCAUGAAUAAUACAAUAAACACCGAAAUUUGAUAUAUUCCGUGGAGGGGUGUCGGGGUCGUUUUACUCUUAUAACACACAGUAAGCCACUGUGAGGGUUUCUCUUUUUACGUUGAACAAACCUAUUCCGCAUUCUGUAUCAAACUCUUCUCAUAAGGUGUUGUUAAAAAAAUACAGUUUUUUAUCUUAUUAUUAUUUAAAAUAUUGUUUCGUGUAUACUUUUUAUUUUAGUUUUACCUUCACCAAUAUAUUUAAUUUAUAUAUAUUUAAAAAAAAAAAAUAAAAACAUAAAAUAUAGACUAAUGUUCUGACAAUGUGUACAAUCUCUUCGAUAAAAAAAAAAAAAAAAAAAAAAAAAGAAAAGUUUUCUUAAAAAUGUUAAAAUCUCUUCAAAAAAAAAAAAAAAAAAAAAAAAAAAAUUCUCUUUUUAUAACUUGAUUCGUUUUCAUCUUUCAGACUGCCCUACAAAUUUGAGAAUCGGAUCCCUAAUUCAAGAGUUUGGAUGCUCUCACAAGAUCCCCGGAGGCUCACACAAGACAUCAUCUGAACAUCACCCAUCUCCCAGGCCAUUAGAGUGUUUUCAGCUCUCGUAUAACUGCCACAUUCAUCAAACUAGCUUUUUAAUGCAAACCACAAACAUCAACAUCCAAUCUAUAAAUAUAUGCAAAAACUACGGUGUGUGUAAAUUGUAAUAUAUAUCUGACUUGAUAUACAAUGAGCGGCUCGUAUAAUAAAUGUGCCUUAAGUCAAGACAUUUUUAAAAAAAAUGAUGUGAUAAUAAAGUGAACAUUUCAGAUUUAAUCACAUUUUUAGACACACCCGUGUAAAACUAGGCACACAUUUGCAUUGUACGAGUGUUUGAUUUACAUCACAAACAUCUAGGUCGGCUC